UACUUGUAAUACAUUUAGAAGCAGUCAGGGAAUAUAGAAUAUACAAGAAAAAGAGAAUGCCUCAACAAACCUUCACUGACGAUAAAUGUCAGUUUAACUUUAACAAAGAGCGCCUGUGGGAGCGCAGCUACCUUUUGGUAAAAUGCCAGGAGCUACAUUUGGAGGAGGAAUUCCGCCUGUAUCAUGUACGACUAUGGAACAGUUUUCUUGGCGUGUUCUGCCUUCUGCAUACUCUCAUAACCAUCGUCCAUUGUGCAAUUCUACUGUUAACUUGCCCGCAUACCCACUUAAUUUUGAUCGAUGUGUGUAUAUAUUUAGUAUCUGCAUUCAUUAUUGUAACUGUCUUGAGCAUCAAUUUCUGUGAGAAGUUCGCCCCGCGACACUCGUGGAUUACUUAUGUGAGCUCCGUGAUUGCAGCACUCACUUUGGUAACUGCUGAUAUCUUUCAGGGCACAUAUCAUUACUACACACAUGAUUGGGCAUUGGAUACAUUUUACGAUACUUAUAUUAUUUAUAUGAUUUACAUGUUCAUGCCUAUACCCCUUAUGUCGGGUGCCCUUCUUCUGGGAGUCACAGUGUCCGUCGUCUACAUAACCUAUUUUGCUGUCUAUAUUGCCACGGAAUACUAUUUCGAUAUUUACAGUCGCUACGACUAUGGGAGGUUUAUUGUACAUAUAUUCCACCACGUGUGCUUCAACCUUCUGGGUAUUUUCUUUCGCAAAAUGAAUGAUAUUGUUGUGCGCUCCUCCUUCCUGGAUCGGCAUCAGUAUGUAAUGGAAAAGAUAUGGCUGCGCAAUGCAAGACGGCAGGAAAAGUUGAUGCUCCAUAGUAUUAUCCCGCCGCAGAUAGCUAAGCCCAUUCAAGACGAUAUUCAAAACAGACUUGCCAGAAAGGGAGGAGGACUCCGCUCCCCAGGCGUCAUGGAGCAUAUCGUGCCCAUUCAGAUCCAUCCCGAGGUCAGUAUCUUGUAUGCGGAUGUGGUUAACUAUACGCAAUUGACGACGACACUGGAUGUGGAGACGCUCGUGAGGCUGCUCCAUGGUCUCUUCGCAAAGUUCGAUAUGGCUGCCACCCACUUUAAGGUUCAGCGAAUCAAGUUCUUGGGGGACUGCUACUACUGUGUGGCUGGUCUAAUGCGCCCUGAUCCCGAUCACGCCAAUUGUUGUGUGGAUCUGGGUCUGUCCAUGAUCUCUCACAUUCAGAAAGUGCGGAGAGAAAAUGACGUGGAUAUCGAUAUGCGCAUCGGCGUGCAUUCGGGAAGUGUGAUUGCAGGCGUCAUCGGAGAAGCGAAGCUGCAGUACGAUAUUUGGGGACUCGAUGUAACUAUUGCCAAUCGUUUGGAAUCCACCGGUUCAGCGGGAUAUGUCCAUAUAAGUGCCAGUACCCUGAACGAACUAGAUCCCAGCAAGUAUACGAUAAUGCCAGGCACCGACGCAGCUUCGGUGGAUCCCCUUCUAAUCAAACACAACAUAAACACGUUCCUUAUUUCUACUGAGUCUUCUACCCAUUUUACCAAACGUUACACAGAGAUUGAUUCACAAUCUUACAUCGAUAUGCGCUCUAGACCAGAUUUACACAGUACUAACGACGAUGUGAUCAACGAAGAGUUGCGUCAGGAGUUUCGUAAGAUGCCAGUCAAUAGCUUCAAACCUGGAAGAAUAUUCUCCUUGAAACGACGAGACGAAUCCAAUGCUCUCCUAACGUCCGAGGUAAACAAAUUCUGUCUGGUCUUUCGGGACUCCAAACUAGAGUGCAAGUACCUGCAGUCGCCGGACCUAAUGUUCAAGCACAGCAUGUUGCUUGCUUGGAUCAUUGGAUGCAGCCUGACCUACAUACAGCUGAUGACUCUAAACAAAAAGCUUCGCAUAUCCGGCAUAGUGCUGGAUUCUAUUAUUUUAACUUGCCUGACCAUCUUGCUUGUCAUAGCUUGGUACAAAAAACUAUGCUUUCUCAUCUACGGCACGAAUGAGGAGAUUAACCAUAGAUUCAGUGAACUGAGCUGCAGAAUAUUUCGCACGUGUGAGAAGAUCCAAGGAAGCCUCAGCCUCCGCAUUUGCAUAUAUCUCUUUAUCAUUUGUUCCUACAACUCCGUGGUCAGCAUCAUACUGAUGGGUUGUCACCGCGAGGAGUUCGAAAUGAUGACCAUCGAGAGUAAACUUUAUCACUACGAUGCUGACGUGACAAUGUGCUUUAAUCCCUGGGUAAUCACAAAUGUGGUCUCCCUUAUCAUUUCAAUGGCCUUUACGUUCACUAAUAUUCCGUUCAUUUUAAAAAUAGUUGUCUGUUUUAUGCUGACGCUCGCCUAUCUGAUCAUCAUAUUUUUCCAGUUUGAAUUCAUUUUCCAUCACAGUGCUACCACAAAUCCUUUUUUCGCUGCUGAAUAUGCACACAGCUUGCUCGUUGUCAUCACUUUUGUUACUUUGUAUUUGAAGGAGCGGCACGCGGAAUUCACAAACAAAGUCAACUUUCAUUGGCGCGUGGAGUUGGGAAGAAAGCAGCGUGAUGCCCAUAUAACUAACCGCACAAUACUAAUUCUCCUGAACAACAUACUUCCCGCUCAUGUUGUCAACGGUUACCUUACAUCUCUCGCCAACCAUGAGCUCUACUAUGAAGAAUAUAAAAUUGUAUCCGUUAUGUUUGCCACUUUAAAGAAUUUCGAAUUGAACCUCCGAAGUUUGCGCCUACUAAACGAGAUCAUCACGGAAUUUGAUAGAUUGUUGCAACACUAUAAGGGUAAUUACUUGGUGGAGAAGAUCAAAAUUGUUGGCUGCACUUAUAUGGCAGCAUGUGGGUUGGAUGUGAGCUUUGCCGAUCGUGUUAGCAAAAAAUCGGAUUAUGAAGAUUCCAACAAUCGAGACUCGCUAAUCGAAGAAGUGCAACAGGCGCAGCUGAUUCGCAGAGCCUCUUCUACAGUAUCAGGUCAAGGUCAAGGUCACAGGGAGAAUCAGCACGAUGAGGUCGUCUUUGUGAUGGCAACGUUUGCUCUGGACCUAAUGCGAACCCUUUGCAUGCUCAACAAAGCCUAUGAAACGGUAUCUUACGAUAGGACCAUCAUCAGUCCAGACAUGUCCGUGGGAAUCUCCAGUGGUGAAGUGAUGGCCGGCGUCGUUGGGGCCUCUCAACCUCAUUAUGACAUCUGGGGUGACCCCGUUAACAUGGCGUCCCGCAUGGACUCCACCGGCAUGAUCGGACACAUCCAAGUGACCGAGGAAACGGCCGUCCUUUUGCGGGAAUUUGGCAUUGUGUGCAACUAUCGUGGCAAGACAUAUGUGAAGGGACCAGGACAAAUUCCCACAUAUUUCGUUGCCAUUGAUGACAAUAAUAAUUUCAUCACCGUCGAUGCCAAGCGAACUCCAAGGCGUGAACGUCGACAAAGGGUUGCAUCUCUGUCUGACAACGAAUCGUUAGGUGGUUACUUGCGAUUUGAUGACGAAGACAGUAAUAAAGAAAAUUAAAUAUGAAGUA